UCACUCACCUCACAAAGGUGUAGAGAGAAAGAUGAAGUAAAGCUUUUACUCUUCAGGAACUUCAUAUCAAGUCCUUCACCUCUAUCACUUCUGGAGGAGAACAUGACUGGAUCCUGGAGACUAUUUCUGCUCUGUAGUCUCCUGCAAGGUGCUGGGUGCAACGCUGCAAAAUUUGAGGCCCUAAUGCCAGCAAGUGUGACGACACUCAGUGGAUCCUGUGUUACCGUUCCUUGUUCCUUCACCUUGAGGGACGGGUUUGAUGCCUGGCUAAAGCCUGGAUGUGGAAAAUAUUGGUAUAAAAUUACAUAUCAACCUAUAAGUUCUACAACAAUCAGGGGGGACCUUACCGCAUACAACUGUACCACAACAUUCGAUAACGUACAUGAAGACAAUGUUCAAUAUUAUUUCAAAAUUCAAUGUGAUGGAAGUCCUUUAAAAUAUAAUUUUAAAGAAAACCCAGUGACCAUCAGGAUCAAGGGGCUCCCUGAUGCACCUCGUUUGACCCCCCCCAAGGAGCCGGUGGUGGAGGGGACUCCUGUGGAGCUGGGGUGCUCUGCCCCGUCCUACUGUGACACCCACCCCCCCACUGUGACGUGGACCCCCGCCCUGGGGCUCAGCACCCAGCUCCAGCAGAACGAUACCGUGACCUCCACUCUGACCUUCAACGCCUCCCACCUCCACCAUGGAAACAAUGUCUCCUGCGCUGCGGCCUACUACAUACCAUCUGGGAACAAAACUGUGACGUCUACAAGAUACCAACUCAGUAUCUCAUAUGCCCCCAGGAACACCUCUGCUGUCGGCAGCCCGUGUCUUCCAGCCAGAGAGGGAGGCUGCCUGAAGCUGACCUGCACCAGUCAUGCUAACCCUGCUGUCAGCGAGGUCUCAUGGUACCGAAUACACGGAGAACACAUCCUUAAGAUCGGGAGUGGAUCUUCUCUGUCCAUCCAGCUGUGGAACGCCAAUAACGUUUUCUUCUGUGAGGUCCGGAAUGACUUUGGGACAGAAAAGUCUGAUGUCUUCAAGAUUGACAUUCAAAUUCCUUCACAGAUCUUUAAUAUUCCAGACAUGGUGCUAUGCAUUGGCAAAUCUGCUGUGAUAAUCGUGGGCUUAGUGUGCGUGAUCGUGUGUAUUAUAAGAACCCGGAAAGUGAGUGAGGAGACGCGGUCCUUUAACGCUGCCACUGUGAAGCGAGCCCCCCCAGACGAGGAGGAGUCCCAGGUCGUCCUCAGAAGUGAGGAGGACGUCUACGUUAACAGCGGGAUGCAGAUGAACCCGGUUGGGCCGAGAGAGGAGCCGGUUGGACCGGGAGAGGAGGCUGUUCUGAGAGCCGGUUCCCCAGUCUCAACGCACCGUGAUGCAGCCUCCUCCCGCCGGAUAGGCCCUGCAGGCUCCCACCCAGGACGACCGGUCUCUAGGGAGCUCACUGAAGAUACUCAAACUCGGAAGAUGGGUGAGGAACCGCAGUCCCUUUACACUGCCAUUGUGAAGCGAGCCCCCCCAGACGAGGAGGAGUCCCAGGUCGUCUUCGGAGGUGAGGAGGACAUCUACAUUAACAGCGGGAUGCAGAUGAACCCGGUUGGGCCGGGAGAGGAGCCUGUUGGACCCAGAUAGGAGGCUGUUCUGAGGGCCGGUUCCCCAGUCUCAACGCACCGUGAUGCAGCCUCCUCCCGCCUGAUAGGCCCUGCAGGCUCCCACCCAGGACGACCAGUCUCUAGGGAGCUCACUGAAGAUACUCAGUAAACAGUUUUUGAUAACCGAGUAUUUCCUCCAAUAGAUUUUUUAAAAGUUUGUAUAUGGCUUUAUAGUUUUAAUACAGAUUACAAGACUGGUUGCGGCUCUAUCUUUUGCUCUGUUUUCCUUUCCUUAUUUUUCUCUCUUUCUUAGUGGUUACUGAUGAAUAUAAAAGGUGAUAUCCUA